AUAUUGAAAUGGAAAUGUACCGUUCAGUUUUGUUUUGUGAGCGGUUGCGUCUGGUUGUUGCGGUACCAUUCCAUUUCCACUUUGCGCAAAUUGUGUGGUGCAUUUUUUGAAAACUGUAGUGGUGGUGACUCUGCGACUGCGACUGUGACUUCGUCUCUCUCUCUCUGUCAGUGUGUGUGCUCCGUAUCCGUAUUCGUGUAUGUGUAUGUGUGUGCGUGCAUUUGAACAAGGAAAAGUGUGAAGAAUCUGAAAGAAAGCGCAACUUCAAAAAUAAAAAAAAAGAAAGAAAAUUAAUAAAAUGGCAACCGAAGUAGCUCAAAUACCCGCUGAGGAAACGCCAGCCGUUGCAGCAGCCGCAGCGACCACAGAAAACGCUGCUGCCGAGCAGGCGGAAAAACCUGCUGCUGCUGCUGCCGAGCCUGUCGCCGCUGCCGCCGUAGCUGAGAACGCUGCUGCCGCUAACGCCCAAGACAACAACAAAGAGGAUGCGAAGGCGUCGCCUGCUGCCGCUGCUGCUGCCGACGGAGCAGCCGAUGCUAAGAAAGAUGGAGGAGAAGCCGCUGCCGCCGUCGCUGCUGCUGCGCCUGGAAAAUCAGAAGCGCCCGCACAAAAGUUCAAUGUGCACAAGACCAAUUUUGAGAAGGACAUUAUUUAUCUGUAUCAGUUUUCGCGCACCCCUCUGCUGCCCUCCCUCUCCCCCUACUGCCUCAAAGUGGAGACUUGGCUGCGUUUGGUGGGACUCAAGUAUGAGAAUGUCGAUCAUAAGAUGCGCUUCCGUUCCAAGAAGGGUCAAUUGCCUUUCAUUGAGUUAAAUGGCGAGGAGAUUGCCGAUUCGGCCAUCAUCAUUAAGGAGCUGUCGGCCAAGUACGAGAAGAAUCUGGAUGCGGCUUUAACUGCUGAACAGCGCAAUGUGUCGUAUGCCACAAUUGCCAUGUUGGAGAAUCACUUGAUUUGGAUCAUCUUCUAUUGGCGCGCCAAGUAUCCCGAUAAUGUACUCAAGGGAUACAAAGUGAAUUUGCAGCAUGCGUUGGGAUUGCGUUUGCCCAACUCCAUUUUGAAUUUCUUCUUUAAGAUAACAUUCGGUCGCAAGUGGUUCCAGGGUACGAAAAAGCUCAAGGCGCAUGGCAUCGGUGUGCAUAGCGCCGAGGAGAUUGAGGAGUUUGGCAAGAAUGAUCUGAAGGUGCUCAGCGAGAUGUUGGACUGCAAGCCGUUCUUCUUUGGGGAUGAGCCGACCACUUUGGAUGUGGUCGCCUUUGCGGUGCUAUCGCAACUGCAUUAUCUGUCCAAGGAUAUUGCGUAUCCAUUGCGCGAUUAUAUGACCGAGAAGUGCCCCAAUUUGAUUGGACACGUCUCUCGCAUGAAGGACAAGUGCUUCCCCGACUGGGAUGAGAUCUGCACAAAGCUGGAUCUGAAUGCGCACAUUCCCAAGCCAGAACCUGAGACCAAGGAGGGCAAAGAGGGCGGCGAGCAGGAGAAAUCAAAUGAGCAGGAGGGCACUGAGGGUGACAAAAUUGAGAAGGAGUUGGAGAAGGACAAGUCGAACGAGAAGGAAUCGACCGAGGAGAACAAGGAGAAGGAGGAAACUAAGUAAAGCGCCGUUAGUUAUAUAUGAAUAUCUAUCUAUAUAUAUAUAUGAAAAGGAGACGGAAGAAUGAAUGGAAUGCGAACAACAACAACACCCCACAUAUAUACAUAGUACUAUACUAAUACUAUAUCUAUAGUAUAUAUAUACAUACUUAUAUAUAUAUACACAUAUAUAUAUAUAGUAUAUAGCGCUCAUAUAUAUUAACAAUUCGAAAGGCAGAAGAAUCAUUUAAAACAUAGGACAACUGUAAAGCAAACAGGCAGAUCAAGAUAAAAAGAAACAAAACAAAAACGUAAAAGAUAAACAAAAAAAAAAGAAGAAAAAGAACGAUCCACUCAAAAAGAAAACAAAAAAAAACAAAAACGUAUAUACAAUAACGUAACGUAAAAACUUUGGACAUCUUUUUUUAUAUAUAUACAAAGUAAAAAACCAAGACGAAGAGAAGAAGAAAAAAUUGAUAAGAAAAUCCAAAAAAAAAAAAAGGAAACCGUAAAAACAUUUAGUAUAAAAUUAUAAAAGUUUAUACGUAUAAGAGAAAAGGAUGAUGACGACGAAGGAGAAACAAAAACAAAAGAAUUAUAAAAAUUAGUUAAAGAACUCGAAUGAAAAGUAAAUCAAAGUGAGAAUGAAAGAUAGUAAGAAAGAUGAGUUAAAAGGGUGAGAAAAACGGUGUAGAACAGCAUACAAUACGCAUUAACCAUUAGUUUUUCAUUAAAGCGAUCUAUAUAAUACACUCAUACACUCACUCGACACUCACACAGCCAUGUAUACACAAAUACACACACAUUCACUGUCACUCACACAUACACAUAUACAGACAUAUUGCAUUAUGCAGCAACAAUUGCAACUCGAUGGUAUUGUUUACUCUUCCAAAAUUUAUUAAGCUUAAAGUAUAAAACAAAAAGAAGAAAGUGCGGCGAAAAAGUAUAUAUACAUAUAUAUAUAUGAUAUGAUUAUGAUAUAUAAUAUAUAUGAUAUGUAGGUGAUGCUUAGGAUGAUGAGAAAAGUUGAUAGAAAUGAGAAGAAAGAAGACGGAUAAGAAGAAGAAAGUUGACAAGGGGCCGCUGCUGAUAAUUAAGUUUAUUUUUUAUAUAUAUAUGAUUGCAAAUAGUAAUUUUUUAUUCAUGUGUGCAAAUAAUUAAAUAAAAAUAUUGAAAAUUUAUUACUUAUAAUUAUAUAUACAUUAUAUACGCCCCUAUCAUAAAGAUGUGUAUAAAAAAAAAACAAACAAAACAAACAUGUAAAAUUGUUUAUUAUUGUUUUUGUUUCUCAUGAUUUCCAUUUUGGGCAUCGGCUUCUUUUGCCCAGCGUGUUGCUUUAUAUGUUUUUUCAAAAACAAAUUCGAACCAAAAAA